AUGCAAUCCACACAGCCGAGCACGUCGCAAAAUGAAGAACAUUUGACGGCUGAACAACUUGAUAGGUGGGCCAUUUUUGCGGGGUAAUUUGGGAAUGUUUGAGUCAAGAAAAGUCAGAAAUUCAUAAUUAUUUCUGAAAUUUUCACCAAAAAAUUGAAUGAUUUCGAUCAUAAAAUUCCCAGAUAUUAUAUGUGUCAGAAGCAAAACAAAAGUCAAAAAAUUUGUAGUGUUUUUUGUCCAAAAAUAGGAAAUCUCAUGGGAUUUUUUGUUUGAUGAGGAAAUAAUAUUUUUGUUAUUUAUUCUAAAAGGUUAGAAAUAUCACUUGGGAAUCAUUUUGGACUUUUCUGAAAAGAAUUCAAAAAUUAUCGCAACAUUUUCUGACGUGAAUUUUUCGGAAAAAUGAUCAUUUCAAAUUUCAGGAUAAUCAAAGAGCAAGAUGAAAAUGAAUUCAUUUUAUUGGAUUGUCGAUCGAAUGGAGACUCGGUAAAAUUGGCAACCCGGUAAGUUUUUUGUCUAAUCCUAAAUUAAAAACAGUUGAGAAUGCCCGAUUUUUGCAGUGUUCGCCUUCCAAAUGUGCUACUUCGCCGUCUUUUAGCUGGCUCUUUAGCUCUAACCAAUGUUUCGGCCCGUCUUCAAAAUCCCACCAGCGCCCCACAAAUUAUAUUAAUUUCCGGCGAAUCGGUGUCCGAUGAAUCGAUUUCUAGUGCCCUCAUCAAAACAUUCCGCAAUAAUUCGUAUCGAUUUUCGGUGCUCUCCGAAUCGGUCAAUAGUUUAUUGACAAAGUUUCCGAAUUUGAGAGAAUGCACCGAUGAAAAUCUGAAAAGUUACCCGCUGAGUUCGACAAAUUCGGCGACGAAUAGUUCGAAUGUUUUGGAAGGACCACCUGUUGGAUAUCUGAAUUUGAGGUGGGUUUUUGAGCAACAAAUACAUUUUUUAAACCCUGAAUUUGCGACCAAUUUUUUUUCUCAAAAUUUUAAUGUUUACGUACAUAGCAUUAUUUUUCAAUCAUAAAUUCUCUAUUUUUUUCAGCUCAUUACGUCUUGAAUCCGACAAUCGUGGAAAACCGAGAGCCGAAUUUCCUGUCGAAAUAUCGCCAUUUUUGUAUUUAGGAAAUGCGGAAACUGCGCGAAAUCGGGAAACUUUGGAGAAGUGAGUUUUGUUUUAGAUUUUAGAACUAAAAAAUCACAUUUUGAUCUCAAAUAUGCUUUUUCGAAUUAGAAAAAUUCAAUUUUCAGUCAAAAAUUCAUGGUUCUGUUCCAGAUAUUCAAUUUCGUAUGUGAUAAACGUGACAUCAAAUCUACCCAACGCCUUCGAAACCGACCCAAAAAUGCGAUAUUUACGAAUUUCGGUCGACGACAAUUCUUCACACAAUUUAACAACAUUUUUCACAGAAGCAAUCAGUUUUAUCGAAGAAGCGCGUUUGAAGAAAAGCGCUUGUCUUGUACAUUGUUUGGCUGGAAUUUCAAGAAGUGUUACGAUUUGUUUGGCAUAUUUGAUGAAUACUAAUAGGUUAGUUCGGCGGGUUUUCAAAGUUGGAUGAAAAUUUUGGUUGUAAUAUUUUAUCACGUUUAAUUGCCGUAACUAACUUUAAAUUGAUAAAAAUGACAAAAGUUGUUUUUUUUUAAUUUGAAAAUUUCUGCAGAUGCUCUCUGGAACACGCGUAUGACUGGGUGCAAAACAAAAAUGCGAGUAUUGCUCCAAAUUUUCAUUUUAUGGGUCAAUUGACGGAUUAUGAGAAAUCACUUGGAAUGAACAGCGCUGUUGGGGUGAGUUUUUCUUUUUCUUUUUGAAAUUUUGAAAAAAAGAACACAGAAAAUGGAGACGAUUUUUACGUUUUUCUUUGCUGUAGGCCUGCAUAGAAAAAACUGUUUUCUUAAUCUCUCACUUUUCCUUUUCGCGAAACUUUUUUUCAAGUCUCAAAAAACACUAUUUUUUUCAAUCAGAUAGUGUUUUUCCCACAAAAUUAUGGCGCGAAAAUGAUGUCUGUGUUUUUCAUUAAAAAUAGAUUUGACGGAAAAUCGAAAUCAUAAAUCGCUUAAAGAAAGUUUUCAUGAAGAAAAUGGGGCCUAAAGAAUUUUAGAGAAAGAUAUUUUGUUCAAAAAUUGUUAUAAAUGCAAUUCCAGAUUAGUUUUUUUUUUCAAUAAAUUGUAUUUUGCAGACCUACCCAUCCUCAAAUGCUCCCCGCUCUCCAUCUUGUGCCAUCGAAGCCGCCGCUUCAGCUGGUCUUCUAACUCCGCCACCAACAAGUUGCUCAGCUUCGCCGCAAUCUUCAACACAUUCGGCAAAAUCGUUUCAUUAG